UACUUAUUAUGUUAUACUUAUAACCUACAUCAGAACCAAGGAGUGGGGAUAAAAUGUUGAGUCGAAGUAUUUUGACAUCUCUAAGAAACUUUUAUAGCUCUUCAUUGUUACUGUCAAAGAUGGUUGAUCCAAAAAGAGUAAUUAGUUAUGAAGACAUGCUUAAAAUUGUUCGCCAGCCCGAAAAAGUUAUAAUAGAUGUCCGAAACCCUGAAGAAAUUAGCUCCACAGGAAGGAUUCCAUCAAGCAUUAAUAUACCAUUAAAUUCAAUUGAUACUGUUUUGUCUUCGAUGCCAUCAGAAGAGUUUAAGAGACAAUUUAAAAGGGACAAGCCUUCAGAAUCUGAUGAGCUAAUAUUCUAUUGUCGCUCAGGGAAAAGAGCAACAGAGGCACUUGACAAGGCACUGAAACUGGGCUUCUCAAACUCUAAAAAUUACUUGGGCAGUUGGGAAGAAUGGUCAAGCAAACAAAAGUAAUAUAAUAUGGUAAUAUGAAGGGUAGUAUACAUAUUUUGUAUUGAUUUAUUCUAUGACUACAUUAAAUUCAUUGCAUAUUU